UUAACCGCCCCUUCGCCUGGCUGCGGCUGAAUAUCCAGUGAUGAGGGCGGCCAGGAUGUAAUCCGGUAUUUUAUCGAGACGACAUUGACCGGCACCAUCUCGAUGAGAGUCGCAAUGUUCUACUGUGUGUCGACCAUUCCGGAGAUCCUGUUGCCGACUUUCCUGAACACGGCAAUCAGCCACUAUGCCACCCACGGCCACCCGCUAAUGUUUUUCGAUCGAGAGGAGCCCUGCCAUGCACUCAAGUCCGAUCCCAUCACUCACGAAGUACUUCGACUUAUGGAGCACCUCUAUGCGCUUCACCCUGUGGUACUGGUCAAGUCCGUCACUGUCCUAGUGAAUCGGUAUCUUGGCGCUGUCCUUACCAGCGAGCUCAAUCUCAGCAUUGAGUUUCCAUCAAGAUAUAUUGCAUCGUUCCUCUUCAUACUGUUCCUACCCAUGCCGAGGCUUCUGAAGGAUGUAUAUGACGGCCUUUUGACCUCGCAAGUGAAAGAUCUCGCGAGAAGCUGCAUUGUUGAGUGUCAGUUUGGCUUUUCUCUCAAUACGAUCCGUCCAGGAACGAUCGAGGUGCUGAGCAAUUCGGUGGUCCGAUGGAUAUGUGCCACGAUCCACCGAGAUGCCUCCAUGGUCUCUCUCUUUGGCUUUGAGCUCUUUCUGUUCCUCGAAGAUCUUGCGCAGGCCCCAAAGGCCGAUCAAAAGAGCGGAAGUUCAUCGCUGAUCGCAAGCAAUGCUGCCGUUUUCUGUUUGCGGGAAUUGAUUGUGGCAGUACGUAUGUCACCCCACCCAUCGCAUCUGGCGCGACCACACUGUCACUGAUCCCUGGAGCGUGCCUACUUGCCUACUUACUUGCUUUCCUCUUUGAUCUGGAUACUCAUGCA